CGUUUUGAUCGGAUAGUGAAGUGUUUUUUUUUCCAAAUUUCUGUUUAAUUUGGCGAUAUAUUUUUUUCCUGAAGAAAAUUUUCGUGAUGGGAAAGAGCUGCUGCGACGUUUCCAAACAGAGAAAAUGCUUGAUGAAAACCUUGAAAAAACUGACCGAAAGAUUGGAAAAUAGUCCCCCCUGUCAGGUGAAACCAUACCCGUGUACCCCAUGCUGCCCCAUGGGAGGUUUCUUACCAUGUGGACCCCCGCAAUGCAAAUGUUGUUUGGUACAAAAAUGUUGUUCCAAGUGCCCUGAUACUUCACCACCAACGCCUUGUGGCCCUUUUCCAGACAGUUGUGUCUCUAUAUGCUCUCCAGCUUCUCCCAAUCGUUCCCAACAGAAAUGCUGUUGUCGGUGUAAAAAAUCAUGCUCGGCUAAAUGCUGUUGUACACCCAAACGUUGUAUUUGCAGGUGCUGUUGCAUGCCCUGUGUUCCUCAGCCUGCCAUGUGUCUGAAGAGAUGCUGUCCAAUUCCAUGCAAGCCCAAAUGUUGCUGUUGCAGAUGCCCACCUCCAAAGUGCUGUAAGGUGGAAUACAAAAGGAGUCCUGGGAAUCUAUGUUGCUGUUGCAACACCAUCUGUGUACCUCGCUAGGCUGCGAUUGCGACAAGAAGAACGGUCUUCAAGAUCGUUGCUUGAGGUGGUGCUGCAUCAACAAUCCUAGUUGCAGAACAGAUCCGGCUUCCUGCCAUUGCAGUAAAUUUUCUUGUGGAAAACAUCUUGGCAUACGAGUUGGCAAGAACAAAAGUAUCAGUUACACUUGCUGUAUCUGUGGACCUCCUAUGUGCCCUUGUAUGCCUUGCUGUCCCGCAAUAUGUUGCUGUCCAUGCAACUGCUGUUGUAGAUGCAACUGUUGCUGUUGUUGCUGCCAGCAAAAAUGCGAAUGUGAAUGCCAGUGCUGUCCUUCUACCUGUGAAGUGGAAUGCUGUUGUUGUCCACCAUGUCCCGAGCCUCUUUUACCGUGUACACCAUGUCCGAAACCUUGUUCACCAUGUCCAAAACCUUGUUUACCGUGUCCAGAACCUUGUUCACCGUGUCCAGAACCUUGUACACCUUGUCCAGAGCCUUGUCCACCUCCAGAACCUUGCUGUCCACCUUCACCUAGCCCUGAACCUUGUUGUUUACCUUGCUUUGAUUCGCCUUCUCCACCCUUGGCGCAAGGUUGCACUUGUGAAAACAACUGUACCUGUAAUGGGGGCACUCAAACAAUGGGAGAUGAAGGAUCUUGCUACAUUGAAUAUUCUCCUCCGCAAUGUGGAACAUGUCAAAAUUGUCAAUCUUAAAUAUAACAUAUCAUGCC